AUGUCCAGACAGGAGGAUGCAGGUGAAUCAGCUCUUGCUAUGAUGGGAGAUGUCGCGCGUAACUUGCAUGAUGUUGACAUAGUCAUCCUUCUAAUCAUCAUGAAUGGCCACUUCCAUGUGGUCGUUCUUGAUAACGAGAUGCAGGAAUACAUGCACCAUACCUCUGUCGUAAGUAAGGAGUACGACAGAGACGCCGGGGAGAUGCGGAGACUAUUUGACCGUUGUGUCGAUAUGGACCUCGACGAAUCGACGACUGCAAACUACCCCAUUGUUCACGACACUAACACCCCAAGGCAGAAACGAAGAAGUGUCGACUGCGCCGUCUACAUCAUACGGUUUAUCGAACAGCUGCUCGACGGUGAAAAGCUACGAGUACCGCAAGCGGACGUCCCUUACUUGCGUUUAAAGUAUGUUACCGGCAUACUAAAGGAAGGGAGCGCAGCCGGCAUCACUGAUAAAGGGGAUUCGCCAACUUGGGCGAAAAAAGAUUGA